UUGCGGCCGUUUUUCAAACCUCGCUCCAGAGUCGUCUAGACUCUAGACUCCACAGUACACAUCCGCUGUCUUUGUGUCCUGUAUAUUUUGCUUAGAAUAAAAGUCGACUGACUGCUCAGAACCGGAAUUGGUGAAGUUCUGAGUAACCAUAUAAAAAAACCCAACUCUAUUUUUUUUUUUUUUCUUUUACAGGUCCUGAUCAAUUUCGGAUUGGUUAAAUCUGGCGUCAGAAAUCUUAAAAAGUUUAUUCCCCGGAAGAAAUAGAAGAUCUUCUUCUACUGGAGCUGUGUUGAUCGAUCGAGGAGGAUGUAGUAAUUUUGGGAUGGAAUUGAAUAUGUUUAAAUUCUGUUCUGGUCUUAAAAGUUUAGGUUACUUAAUGAUUCUACUGGUUUUAGCAAUAAUUUCAGUUUCUUACUACGCUGUCGUGAUUGUUACCUGGGGUCCUCAGUUACUUCAUGGAGGUUUACAAUCUCUUCUCCCUUUCGCCAUUAUUGCAGUGUUUCACGUACUGCUUAUAAUGUUGACAUGGAGCUAUGUUAUGGUAGUCGUUCGAGAUCCCGGUUUUGUUCCUGAGAAUUGGAGACCUGUAUCAAAUGAGGAGAAUUUGGAAGCCAGCAAUUCUUUAACAUUACCUGAGUAUGCUAGUCCCGAAACUAGGGAUUCUACAUGGUCUCCCUCUGGAAGGACAGAAGGAAGACCCACUGCAGGUUACUGUGCUCGCUGCCAAAGUAGCAAACCUCCUCGUUGUCAUCAUUGCUCCGUUUGUCAAAGAUGCGUACUUAAAAUGGAUCACCAUUGCAUAUGGGUUGUCAAUUGUGUUGGAGCACAAAACUACAAAUUUUUCGUUCUUUUCUUGCUAUAUACAUUUCUGGAGACGGUAUUGGACACUGUUGUGUUGCUGCCAAAUUUUAUUAAAUUCUUCAAAGACGCCAGGAAUCACUCUGGCCCACAAGGAAACCUUGCUGUCACCAUCGUGGCUUUUGUUAUUAAUUUAGCCUUCGCAUUGAGCCUUCUAUGUUUCGUCAUUAUGCAUACAUCCCUUUUGUUGAGCAAUACAACUACAAUUGAGGUAUAUGAGAAGAAGAGAGCAGUAAGGUGGAAAUAUGACUUGGGCUGCAAAAAGAAUUUCGAGCAGGUUUUUGGCAAGAAAAAGAUUUUAUGGUUCUUCCCAAUGUAUGCAAAGGAAGAUUUAGAGAACAGUCCUGCACUUCAAGGUCUAGAUUUCCCGACAAGUUCAGAUGUUGAAGCGUAAUGGGUAUAAUUGGGAUGAAAACUGAUUUAAAAUCAUGUGAAAGCUACUUGUGCGCUUUGGGAGUGUGUCAUAGUUGUGAGAGUACAUAGAUUGAAGAAUUCGUCUGUAUGUAUAUCUGUUAAUUUAUUGGUUUUGGUUAAGAAAAUAACAAAAUGAUUCACUUUAAGGAGCAUCUUUACAAUUA